UGUCUUUUCAAACUGAAACACGCAUGCGCAGAACAAAAACCAAAAAGACUUGUUCUUAACAUACUGUCUAUGGUUCUGCAGAAGUUUGGCCCAUAGUACAGAGAAUAUCUAAACCAGCACCGAGAUGGAACUGCAGCUUCCACCUCAUGAGGGAGAGGAGCUCUCAGUGGUUGACAUGCACACAGGUGGAGAGCCUUUACGGAUCAUCCACAGCGGCUACCCAGAGGUCAAAGGUGACAGUGUGCUGUCCAAACGUCGUUAUGUCCGGGAACAUCUGGAUCACCUCAGGAGGGUGCUGAUGUACGAGCCGCGGGGACACUACGACAUGUACGGAGCCCUGGUUGUGGACAGCGAGGUACCUGAGGCGGAUCUGGGGGUGCUGUUCAUGCACAACGAGGGGUACAGCACCAUGUGUGGACACGCAGUCAUCGCACUGGGGCGCUUCGCUGUGGACUACAAACUGGUGAAAGAACCACAGUCACCAGAGACUCAAGUGAACAUCCACUGUCCCUGUGGUCUGGUGAAGGCGUUUGUCGAGUACUCUGAUGGUAAAACAGGAGGAGUGAGGUUUCUCAGUGUGCCAGCGUUUGCAUUUGCUACAGAUGUGACGGUGUCGGUGGAAAGGUUUGGUGAAGUGACGGUUGACAUCAGCUAUGGAGGAGCCUUCUACGCUUUUGUAGACGCCCAGAGGUUUGGCCUCGAUGUGACCAAGUCCAGGACUCGAGAUCUGGUAGAUGCAGCCACAGCAGUGACCAAUGCUGUCAAAUGUCAGGUGAAGUUGCACCACCCAACCAGUGAUGAUCUGGCCUUCCUCUAUGGCACCAUCCUCACAGACGGCAAAGAUAAUUACUCCUCCGAUCCCACCGCCAAUAUCUGUGUGUUUGCCGAAGCACAGGUGGACCGGAGCCCCACUGGUUCUGGUGUUACAGCCCGAGUGGCUCUCCAGUAUCACAAAGGUCUCAUCCAGCUGAACCAGACCAGGACAUUUCAGAGUGGAGCCACUGAGUCCCAGUUCACAGGGAAAGCUGUUGAGGUACCAGUUUUCUUCAGUGCCCUUGUGCGCCCCUCUGCCCUAAGUCACUCUGGAGACCAAGUGUGGAGACUUCAAGGCUGUCGUGGUGGAAGUUGCCGGCAGAGCUUUUUACACCGGAGUUUCACGCUUUGUGCAGGAGCCAGAUGACAAGCUGACACAUGGUUUUCUCCUGAAGUGAGCCUCAAUUACAGGUUGUGGUAUUAAAUAUGGUUGUACAUAAAAAGUACUUUAAACAUUAGUUAUAAAGUGCGUUUGUAGCUUAAAAAACUAUAGAAAAUCCCUAAGCUCUCCAAGAAGAGUAUUGGAUAUGUAACAAACUGUGUUAAAGAGAUUGUAUCAACAUUUUCUGUUGGUUUUCCUGUGUAAUUAUGGCCUGUGCCCAACCACUGACUCAUAAGGUUAGAAACAGACAAAUGUACGCUG